AUGGCGGGCCACACUCUGGCUCUCUGGGUCACCUCCGUCAGGCGCACACCCAGCACCGGCAGCGACCCAAACCAGGUGGAGGAGCCCUCAGAGCGGGGCUCCUCUGAGUGCUGCCUCCAUUUCCGGCCCCCCAUGGCGGGCACGGCGGACCGGGGGCGGGUGAGCGUGCAGGAACACAUGGCUAUUCACGUGAGCCCGGGCCCCAUCCGGCCCAUCCGCCUCAUUUCCGACUACUUCCCGCACUUCUGCCCCUUCGCUGAGCCCACCCUGCGCGUGAGACCUCACCCUCCAGUGACCCCCACCAUCCACUCUGCGUCCCAGUCCCAGCCGGACCCAGAGCCAGAGGGAGACUCAGACAACAGCACCACCCUCGGCACCCUCGAGUUCACCGCUUCUUUUGAUACGGACAAUAGCACACUGUGCUGCACAGCUCACCGUGCCAAGGGCCUCAAGCCACCGGCCUCGGGCUCCGUGGACACCUAUGUCGAAGCCAAUCUGCUGCCUGGGGCCAGCAAGGCCAGCCAGCCGCGGACACGCAUGGUUUGGGGCACAAGGGGGCCUGUGUGGGAGGAGGCUCAUGGCUUCACCCUCCAGGACACCAGGCGCAACACCCUGUGGCUCUGCGUCUGGGAGGACCCACGACUGCAGCAACGGCGGCGGGCGCCUCCCCUGCGGGAGCUGCGGGUGCCCCUGUGGAAGCUGGUGCCCAACCAAGCCAGGAGCUUCGAUGUGUGUCUGGAGAGGCGGAGGCUGACCAAGAGGCCCAAGAGCCUGGACACAGCACGUGGCAUUUCUCUGUAUGAGGAGGAGGUGGAGACUGAGGGAGCCGGGGAGGAGCGUGGGCACAUCCUGCUGUCGCUGUGCUACAGCUCUCAGCGGGGCAGCCUGCUGGUGGGUGUGCUGCGCUGUGCCCACCUCGCCCCCAUGGACGCCAACGGCUACUCGGACCCCUUUGUCCGCCUUUACCUGCAUCUGGAUGGAGGGAAGAAAUCAAAAUAUAAGACCAGUGUUCGGAAGAAGACCCUGAACCCUGAGUUCAACGAGGAAUUCUUCUGCGCAGGCCCACAGGAGGAGCUGGCGCAGAAGACACUGCUGGUGUCUGUGUGGGAUUAUGACCUGGGCACAGCUGAUGACUUCACCGGCAGGGUGCAGCUGAGUCGUCAGGCCAGCAGGGAGCGCCAGCAGCACUGGCACGAAUGGCUGGGCCGCACUGACCACCAGCUGGAGCCGUGGCACCCGCUGGACGGCGCGCGCCUCCGGCUCAGCGACUAG